UGGGAGACCCUUAUCUCUGAUUGAUCAGCAGAAAAGCUGGAGUGGAGAUGUAGCACAAGAGAUAAGAAUGCCUGCCAUUUCUUAAUGAAAAAGCCAAGCAAGAGAGCUAGAGGCCUUGAGUUUAGUCAUCAUUAUUGGCAUGUGUGCGCACCCCCCCCCCACAUACACAAAGAAGAAAGAAAAAUAAAACAAGCCAAUCAGCCAGUUAUUUAAUACUUGUGCCUUAGUUUUAUGACUGCUGUAACACAUUACCACAAAUUUAGAAACUUAAAACAACACAAUGUAUUAUUUUACACAUCUUCAGGUUAGAAGUCUAAAAGUAUUUCAGUGGGCUAAAACUAGUGUAUCAGCAAGGCUGUAUUCUUUUCUGGAAGUUUGUAGGGGAGAAUCCAUUUUCUUGCCUAUAGAGGCUACCACUUUCCUUGGCUUGUGGCUCCUCUUCUCAGUUUUCAAGGUCAUCAGUGAUGCUUCUCUCUGAUCAUUGUUCUGUUGUCAUUUCUCUGGCCACAGUUAGGGAAAGGUUCUGCUUUUAAGGAUCCAUGUGAUUGGAUGAAGCGUUCUUAAACAACCCAGGUGGUUUGUGGAAAUGCAGGUGUAAGGACAAGUUAUUUACCACAUUAGAAGAUGGGAUCAAAGAGCAGCAGGAUCAGUGAUCUGCCUAAAAAUGAGUACUUGAAAAAGUUAUCAGGCACAGAAUCUGUCUCUGAGAAUGACCCAUUUUGGAAUCAGCUUCUUUCGUUUUCUUUCCCCGCACCAACUAGCAGCACUGAGUUGAAACUGUUGGAAGAGGCAACCAUUUCAGUCUGCAAGUCUUUAGUUGAAAACAAUCCUCGAACAGGAAAUCUUGGUGCAUUAAUUAAGGUCUUCCUUUCUAGAACCAAAGAACUCAAACUUUCAGCAGAAUGUCAGAACCACAUCUUCAUUUGGCAGACACAUAAUGCUUUAUUUAUUAUUUGCUGUCUGCUGAAAGUAUUCAUCUGUGAGAUGUCUGAAGAGGAAUUGCAACUUCAUUUUACUUAUGAGGAAAAAUCUCCAGGUAGUUAUAGUUCCGACUCAGAAGAUCUUUUGGAAGAAUUGCUCUGUUGUUUGGUGCAGUUAAUCACUGAUAUUCCACUCUUAGAUAUUACAUAUGAAAUAUCAGUGGAAGCUAUAUCAACAAUGGUUGUUUUCCUUUCCUGUCAACUUUUCCACAAGGAAGUUUUACGGCAGAGCAUAAGUCACAAGUAUUUGAUGCAAGGUCCAUGUCUUCCAUUUACCAGCAAACUUGUGAAAACCUUAUUGUAUAACUUUAUCAGACAAGAAAAGCCACCUCCUCCAGGAACCCAUGCCUUUUCCCAGCAAUCAGAGGGGGGAGGACUGCUGUAUGGACUGGCAUCAGGAGUAGCAACUGGUCUCUGGACUGUCUUCACAUUAGGCGGUGUGGGCAGCAAAGCCACUGCUUCUCCAGAACUUUCUUCCCCUCUGGCCAACCAAAGUCUCCUGCUUUUACUGGUGUUGGCCAACCUGACAGAUGCUCCAGAGGCACCAAAUCCCUACAGACAGGCCAUUAUGUCCUUUAAAAACACGCAAGACAGCAGUCCUUUUCCCUCAUCAAUUCCACAUGCCUUCCAGAUUAAUUUUAACAGUUUGUAUACAGCCCUUUGUGAACAACAGACAUCUGAUCAAGCAACGCUCCUCUUAUACACACUGCUCCAUCAGAACAGCAAUGUUAGAACAUACAUGUUGGCUCGCACAGAUAUGGAAAAUCUUGUUUUACCAAUUCUUGAGAUUCUGUAUCAUGUUGAAGAAAGAAAUUCACACCAUGUGUAUAUGGCUCUUAUAAUACUGUUGAUCCUUACAGAAGACGAUGGCUUCAAUAGGUCCAUUCAUGAAGUGGUACUAAAAAACAUUACAUGGUAUUCUGAACGAGUUUUAACUGAAAUUUCACUGGGUAGUCUCCUGAUUCUGGUGGUAAUAAGAACCAUUCAGUACAACAUGACACGGACAAGAGACAAGUACCUUCAUACAAAUUGCUUGGCGGCCUUAGCAAAUAUGUCAGCACAGUUUCGUUCCCUCCAUCAGUAUGCUGCCCAGAGGAUCAUCAGCUUGUUUUCUUUGCUAUCUAAAAAACACAACAAAGUUCUGGAACAAGCCACCCAGUCCUUGAGAAGUUCACUAAGUUCAAAUGACGUUCCUCUACCAGAUUAUGCUCAGGACCUCAAUGUCAUUGAAGAAGUGAUUCGAAUGAUGCUAGAAAUCAUCAAUUCCUGCCUGACAAAUUCUCUUCACCACAACCCAAACUUGGUAUAUGCACUGCUUUACAAACGAGAUCUUUUUGAACAGUUUCGAACUCAUCCUUCAUUUCAAGAUGUAAUGCAAAACAUCGAUCUGGUGAUUACCUUCUUUAGCUCACGGCUGCUACAGGCUGGAGCUGAGCUGUCAGUAGAACGGGUCUUGGAAAUCAUUAAGCAGGGAAUUGUUGCACUGCCUAAAGACAGAUUAAAGAAAUUCCCAGAACUGAAAUUCAAAUAUGUGGAAGAAGAGCAGCCUGAGGAGUUUUUCAUCCCCUACGUCUGGUCUCUGGUCUACAAUUCAGCUGUAGGCCUGUACUGGAAUCCACAGGACAUCCAGCUGUUCACGAUGGACUCCGACUGAGGCAGCACGCGCCCGCGCCCGCCCCCAGCCGCAUAGCCCUGCUAUAUAGCUUCUUGCUGGGAAAGAGAAGCAGACACGCUGCCUGGUGUGUCUUCUACUGGAGAGAAUCACACAGCGUGUUCCCUCACACACUUUGACUUGGAGAUUGGUACCGGUUGGCAGUAGAUCACUCAUCUUAGAUUAUAGUGCAAGGGGGGAGGGGUAUACAAUAAUAAAUGUAAAAACUUGCUGUUCGGUAUGCACUUUUA